GGAAUAGGCUACUGGUGCAGGUGCAAAAACAGGGAUCAAUUUCCGGCUUGAAGUCUUAAUUAAGCACGAGUUCCUGUUUGUUUGUCUGACGUGGCCCAUUCGCCUUGUGUGGAGGAAUAAUACAGGUGGAAGUCUUCUCUCGCAUUCUAAUCCUGUGGUGUGCCCACGACACCGUUGCUCCUGUCCUGUGGUUGUGCCAAGUGCUGCUGCUUGUGGUUCCGUUGCCCGUGCCCCGUGCCGCUGCGUGUGUUGUGUCCGUCCGGUGCCAGGCCAUGUCUACGGGCCUGCAGAUGCUUGGCGUGGUGCUGGGGCUAGUGGGUUGGAUCGGUGCCAUCGUGUCCUGCGCUCUGCCCCUGUGGCGUGUCACCGCCUUCAUCGGGAGCAACAUUGUCACGGCACAGAUCAUGUGGGAGGGCCUGUGGAUGAGCUGCGUGGUCCAGAGCACGGGUCAGAUGCAGUGCAAAGUCUAUGACUCCAUGCUGGCGCUGCCUCAGGAGCUGCAGGCGUCGCGCGCCAUCCUGGUCAUCGGCCUACUGCUGUCCGCCAUCGCUUUGCUGGCCAGCCUCGUCGGGGGGCGGUGCACCACCUGCCUGGCCGAGGGCUCCGGCAAGGCGCGGGUCGCCACGGCAGCCGGAGUGCUGCUUGUGAUUGGCGGGCUGCUGUGUUUGAUCCCGCCCAGCUGGUCGGCGCACCGGGUGAUCAGUGACUUCUACAGCCCCCUGGUGGUGCAGGCGCAAAAGCGUGAGCUGGGCGCCGCGCUCUUCCUCUGCUGGGGCGCAGCGGCACUGCUGCUCAUCGGGGGCGGCCUGGUCUGCGCCUCCUGCCCACACAGGUACGGGGCUACGCAGGUGAGGGGACGCCGCUACAAAUCCAACUCUGAACAGUCCUCUGCCCAAAUCGAACGCAUGGCCUAUGUCUGAGACACACACUGACAGAGAUACUUCUCUUUAAAUACAACAUGUCUUAUGUAGAGUGAACUGGUGCUCUCUUUACAUGUAAUAAGUGAACUGUCAUCGUCUUUGAUAAAAUGAUAUGUUUAUUUAGAGAGAACUGGCAUUCUCUUUUAAUGUAAUAUGUUCACGUUGAUGUUCAUGUAUUUUUUUUUUUUUUUUUUUUUUUUAUUCUAUUU